AAGCGCGGCAAACUCGCGACCAUCCACGGGUCUGGCCGAUCUAGCAAGACACUAUUACGAUACUCUGCUCCUCACUUGUCACGCCGGCUGCCGGGGAAUACGAGAACGCUACGCAAUGCCUGACGUACUCGCCCUAUUCUCUGCACCGUGCGACUGCGACAUCCGAUCACGACCGUGGACAUAAAACUCGGCUUUAUCCUCCUCUUCGUCUGUGAUUGAUAUCUUCAUUCAACCUCAUCACAAGUUCGAAGGAUCCACAUCUCUCAUCUCUGGUCAUCGCUCAGAACAUCAGACGGACAUCAACGAGCUCGACCUCCUACCCUACAGCCAUCAUGAAGACCUCAUUGAUGAUCCUGGCCGGCGCUGCCAUUGUCUGUGCCCAGACUACCUCGCAGUACACUCCUCCCAUUCCCACGGUCACUGCUGCUGCCGGUUCCCUGCCCCUCGGCGCCACCUGCUCCACUAGCGAGCAAUGCGCGAACGGUGCCGAUUGCUACUCUACCAACUCCGGCCUCUACAGGCGUUGUGGAAAUUUCCAAGCAAGCUGCAAGGAUGACUCGCAGUGCGCUUACAACACCUGCAACCUGGCGCAAGGCUUGUGCAACGGCUUCAAGGCGACCACCACUUCCUCAUCUUCCACCACGCAAUACACACCUCCGAUCCCUACGGUCACUGCUGCUGUCGGCUCCCUACCUCUGGGUGCUACGUGCUCUUCCGAUGAGCAGUGCAGCAACGGUGCGAGCUGCUACUCUACCAACUCGGGUCUCAUCCGUGCCUGUGGCAACUUCCAGGCCGUCUGCAAGGAUGAUUCGCAAUGUGCUUUCAACACAUGCAACCAAGGUUUCUGCAAUGGCUUCAAGGCAACGACUACUACUGCUGCUUCAAGCGCGACAUCGGCGACCUCCACUGCCGCUGCGGGCAGCCUCCCUCUCGGCGCGAGCUGCUCUUCAUCAGAGGAGUGCAGUAACGGAGCAGAAUGCUGGGCCUCGAACUUCAUGCUGAUGAAGCGCUGCGGAAACUUCCAGGCGACCUGCAAAGACGACUCCCAGUGCGCGUUCAACCCAUGCAACGGAGGCGUCUGCGUCGGCUUCAAGCCAACCACUGCUCUCACCAGCACUGCUUCCGCAACCCUGACCACUCCCGUCGCCGCCGCUGCUGCCACGAGCACUGUGACCUCGCAAUACACUCCUCCGAUCCCCACCGUCACCGCCGCUGCAGGUUCUCUUGCUCUCGGCGCAACCUGUUCCAACUCAACUCAAUGCGCCAACGGGGCCAACUGCUACGCCACCAACUCGGGCCUCAUCCCUCGAUGUGGCAACUUCCAAGCCUCCUGCUCCAAGGACUCGCAGUGCGCCUACAACACCUGCAACAAUGGCUUCUGCAACGGCUUCAAGCCCUCCACAAGCAGCAAGAACAGCACCUCGUCCGGAAUCGCGGGCGGCAGCCGAUCCUCACCCACGCCCUCUGGCUACACCGUGACUCCAUCCACUGGUGGCGCUGUUCCUGCGUCGGGUGUCGCGAGCGGUGUUGUGGCUGUCGCGUUCGGAAUGUGGGCAUUUUUCUUGUAAAAUGUCGAAUUUCUAAUUUGCCAUAAUCAUCCGAAAAAACCGACAUGAGCAGGAGUCGGCUGUGGGGAACAUGAUGAAUUUGAUGAGAACGAAGG